AUGGCGGCCCUCAACCUCAACGCGAUCACCGAGAAUGCGUCCAGGCUCGGCAUGCGUCUGCAGGAGACCCUCUCUGAGCACACCAGAGACCUCAGCAUCCGUGGCUCCGGCGCCGCCUACCUCGACAACACCGAGGACAAGGUAAAGAACAUCGCCAAGCAGCUCGACUCGAACAGCGAUCGCGAGAAGCUGGACGCCAUGAAGCGGCUCAUCGGCCUGAUCUCGAAGGGCCGGAACGUGUCCGAGUUCUUCGCCCAAGUCGUCAAGAACGUCGCGUCGCACAACCUCGAGAUCCGCAAGCUGGUGUACAUCUACCUCCUCCGCUACGCCGAGCAGGAGCCCGACCUCGCCCUGCUCUCGAUCAACACCUUCCAAAAGGACCUCUCGGACGCAAAUCCGCUCAUCCGCGCCAUGGCUCUUCGCGUGCUCUCGGGGAUCAAGGUGCCCAUGAUAGCGAGCAUCGUCAUGCUCGCCAUCAAGAAGUGCGCCGCAGACAUCAGCCCGUACGUGCGCAAGGCCGCCGCGCUCGCCAUCCCGAAACUCUACCAACUGGAUUCCUCCCGCCAGGGCGAACUCAUUCAGGUCAUCUCCACCCUCCUCAAAGACCAGUCCCCGCUUUCCCUCGGAAGCGUCGCCAUCGCCUUCGAUGCCGUGUGUCCUACCCGCCUCGACCUCCUCCACCGACACUACCGCCGCCUCUGCCGCACGCUCGUAGACAUGGAUGAAUGGGGCCAGGUCGACCUCAUCAAUCUCCUCGUUCGCUACGCGCGCGUCAUGCUUCCACGCCCGGCCACCGAUGGCCCCAGUGCAGAGCUCGACCCGGACCUGCGGCUUCUCGUCUCAUCCACCGAGUCGCUUUUCCAGUCGAACAACCCCGCUGUGGUGCUCGCCGUCGCGCGGGUCGUCUACUACCUCGCGCCCGCGGCGGAACUCCCGAAGACUGUCCCGCCCCUCCUGCGCCUGCUGCACGUCUCGACCGAGGUCGAGCGCGUCGUGCUCGCCAACCUCGCGAUCACGUCCCUGUCGAUAUCGGAGGUCUUGUCCAAGUCGUACACCCGAUUUCUGGUCAGGGCGGACGACCCGCAGCAAGUGAAGAAGGACAAGAUCCGGCUGCUACGCGCCGUCGCGAACGCGGAGACGUAUCCUGCGCUCCUGCGGGAGUUCAUCUGCUAUGCGGACGAUCCGGAUGACGAGCUUGUAGCGGACUCGAUUCAAGCCAUCGGCUACGUCGCCCGCGCUGUGCCGGAGUCGACACAACAAUGUCUCACCGCGCUUAUGUCCUUCAUACAAAGCAAACAUGACGUCAUCGUUACGAACGCAGUCUUAGUCCUCAAGUCUCUGGUCCAGAUCCGUCUGCAGCAGCAACAAGACGCAAUCGCCUACGGCGCUUUCCCCUCCCAGAGCUUCUCUCCCCUUGAGAUCAUCGCCCGUCUCGCGCGCAGGUUAGACGAGAUCCGCCACCCCAAAGCGCGCGCAUGCGUCUUGUGGCUCGUCGGGCAGUACGCCGCCAGCCCCGAAAACGCCGCGAACGGCAUCGCACAUGCCGGCCCCGAAGGCCUCGUGCCAUGGGCGCCCGACGUCCUCCGCAAAGCCGCCAAGUCGUUCGCGACCGAGACCCCGCUCGUGAAGCUGCAGAGUGUGACACUCGCCGCAAAGCUUCUCGUGCUCAGCCCCGCCGCGCGUCCCGUCCUCCUCCUCGCCCGCUACGUCUUCUCGCUCGCGCGCUACGACACCGACUACGAUGUGCGCGACCGCGGGCGCGCGCUCAGCGCGCUCCUCGCAGGGGUCGCGGGCGACCUGUACGCAACAGAGACGGGCGACGAUUGGAGCCGGCACGAAGACGUCGCCGGCGUUGUCCUCCGCCGCGAGCAGGUCAAGAUGGUGCUCUUCGCCGGCAAGACGAGUCCCGCUGAAGAGGCCCCCGUAGACGAGGACGACCGCGGCCGCUUCGGCUCGCUCGCCGCGAUCACCGGCCGCUGGGCGGGCGGCGACAACUACCUGCCCGACUGGCUCGAGGAGGGCGUCGACCCUGCGCUGCGCGAGUCCGAGGCGGACCGGCUGCCGCCCGCGCCGUUCGCCGCGCCCCAGUCUGCGGCCGCCGCGGUGCGCUCGAUGUCGUCGGCGUCGGGCCGGGCGUCGCCGGUGGUACUCACCCCGGGCGGCGUGUCGCCUGCGGGGUCGGUCACGAAGCAGGAGGGCAAGGCGGCGUACCUCGAUUUGGACAAGUUCUAUGAGGAUGCGGGAGAGGAGAGCGAGGAAGAGGAUGACGAUGACGACGACGACGAUGACGACGAAGAGGAUGCUGAAGAGGACGGGGAUGGGGAUGGAGACGACGACAGCGGGGAGGAAGCGGAGUCAAGUGAGGAAGAGGACGAUAGCGAGGAUGGAGAGAACACAGCGCUCGUUCCUACAACCACAGGGUAG